AGCUCCUUCUCCUUCGAUUGCAAGGCUGUUUCAACAGCUGAAAAAGGGCCAAAAAUACAAAACUUUAAAAUAUGAGUGGAAAGCUGCUGAUAAAAGCCCUACGAGCCCUGCGCGUGGGCCACAACAGCCAGUGGCAAGUUCCGGCGGCCACAACCAGAGUCCCAGUCCGUCACUACGCCUCUCCACCUAAGAGGUUCUACAAGAAGACUUCCGUGCUCACCAGCGAUGGAGGCUACGAGGUGGUGCUGGACCACCGCAAGCUGAAGACGCCCAAGGGGUCGCCCUUCGUCGUGCGCAGCGAACCACUGGCCAUUGCGGUGGCCACGGAGUUCGACGCCCAGAAGGAGCACAUCGAGCGCUCGCGGAUGCACCUGUCCGCCCUCUGCUUCACGGCCAUCGACAAUCCUAAUCAUCUCACCAAGCUCGACAUGGUCAAUUACCUGCUGAACUUUAUUCCCACGGACACAGUGCUCUACCAGUACGAUGACGAGAAGGCCCUGCACGAACUGCAGUGCAACGAGUGGGAUCCGGUCAUUGACUGGUUUAACCAGCGCUUCGAGACCAACCUGCAGAAGACCAUGAACAUAACGCCGCCUCAGGUCAGCGAGGAGGAUAAGAUGAAGGUCGCCAAGCACUUUCAGUCCUACAGCCUGGACACACUGCAUGGUUUCACCUUUGCGGUGGACACCUUGAAGUCGAUUAUCCUGACCUGCGCCGUCAUCGAGCAGAUGCUGACCGUGGAGAAGGCCGUGGCCCUGGCUCGCUUGGAGGAGGAGUACCAGCUGAAGUUCUGGGGGCGCGUGGAGUGGGCCCACGACCUCAGCCAACAGGAGCUGCAAGCACGCCUGGCUGCUGCCGUGCUCUUCGUACACCUUAACUGUUCGGAAAACCUUGUUAAACAGAAAUCGAUUCUUUAAAUGCACAAUAUUUGUUGAAACUACGAGUUAAGCUCUUUGUUAUGGUGCAGUAUUCAUGCAGAAAAAAUCUCUUCCAAAACAAAAAUAUAUUCAUUUUUUACGA